CUCACAGUGGAUGAUGCUUUUUUCGCGGACCUAAGAGACCAGAGUGGUCACUAAAAACGCUUCAAAAUAAUGGAAAAGAGCUAAUUUAAAUAUGUAAAUAGUUAUCGAAGUCUUAGAUAAGGGCACCAAGGACGCGUAAAUUAUUGGCACCGUGCGUAAAAGGGUAGAGUUGUUUGGAUAACGGCAUCAAAACCGGAGUAGUUUCGGUAAAUCAAUUAUGUUCCUUGCGACCCGAUUAGUAUAGACAAUAUUAUGAACUGGAACUUAAAUCUUCAAAUGCAUCAGAGGUAAGCUACAGUGAUACAGUUGCCGCUCCCAGCUUCAGCACCGGAUGGCCCACAGACUUAUUGCGCGGACACGCUGUUGGAGCGCUGAAACAAGAUGCACAUCUCACAGCUCUCAUCAUGUCUAAGCAGGGCUUAAGUGUAAACAGUGACACAUAUAUCGAUGCUGAGCUUUAGAGAAAAGACAUUCAAAUUAUUCAGUCAGAGUAUCGUCGACUCACAGAUGUAAACGCAGAAUACUAACAGUAGUGGUGAAGUUGUCCUGAUAUGCCUCCCAGCAGCGAAGAUGACAGUUUUUGCUCACAAAACACGUUUUCAAGCUAACGUUUUGACAGCGGACGGACACAACUCCGUGCUCUCCAGUGAAGUUGGACUUCUUACUAGCAGAGUGGAAAAUGGGACACAACCACCUGUUCUCUGUGAGGACGGCUUUUCUCUGCUCGCUACUCUUGUGUCAGUCAGUUUUUUGUCAUGAGAAGAGCCACUCGCACGCUGAGGAUGAGCUCUUCAAGACGCUGUUCGCUGUUUACAACAAGUGGUCGAGACCCGUGCCGAACAUCUCUGAUGUGGUCAUCGUCAAGUUUGGACUGUCCAUAGCACAGCUCAUUGAUGUGGAUGAGAAGAACCAAAUGAUGACAACCAACGUGUGGCUUAAACAGGAGUGGAAUGACUACAAACUUCGCUGGAAACCAUCUGACUAUGACAAUGUGACGUCCAUAAGAGUGCCGUCAGAGCUCAUUUGGGUGCCAGACAUUGUCCUCUACAACAACGCUGACGGCGAGUUUGCUGUGACCCAUAUGACGAAAGCUCACCUCUUCCACACCGGUAAAGUCCGCUGGGUCCCUCCUGCCAUAUACAAGAGCUCCUGCAGCAUCGACGUCACAUUCUUCCCCUUCGAUCAACAGAACUGUAAAAUGAAAUUUGGCUCGUGGACGUACGACAAGGCCAAGAUUGACCUGGAGAAAACUGAAAACGCAGUGGACCUGAAUAACUACUGGGAGAGCGGCGAAUGGGCCAUCAUCAACGCCGUGGGGACAUACAACACAAAGAAAUACGACUGCUGCCACGAGAUCUACCCCGACAUCACUUACUUCUUCAUCAUUCGAAGGCUUCCCUUGUUUUACACCAUCAACCUCAUCAUUCCCUGCCUGCUGAUCUCUUGCCUCACCGUUCUGGUUUUCUAUCUACCCUCUGACUGUGGUGAGAAGAUCACCCUGUGCAUCUCUGUGCUGCUGUCCCUCACUGUUUUCCUUCUCCUCAUCACCGAGAUCAUCCCCUCCACAUCCCUCGUCAUCCCUCUCAUCGGCGAGUACCUCCUCUUCACUAUGAUUUUCGUCACCCUCUCCAUCGUCAUCACUGUCUUUGUGCUCAACGUGCACCAUCGCUCUCCCAGCACUCACAAGAUGCCCCGCUGGGUCCACUCCGUGUUCCUGGACCUGAUCCCACGCUGGCUGUUCAUGCGACGGCCUGCGCCAGAUUGCCGACGUCGCAGGCUGCUGCUGCUGCAGCAGGAGGCGGCGGCGGAGCGGCGGCAGGGCCGGAUAGCUGGGUACAAAUCUGGCAACUACCUCAGCACCUCGGCGACCUGGUUAAGAGACGGGACCCCGUCAGAAGACCCCGAGAGAAGCUCUUAUGAGGAUUUAGAGCUGGGAACGCUGACGUCAUAUUUCUCCUUCCGCCCUCCUUCGCCCAGACCUCCGGGGUCGACUCCCCCAACACAACAGAACAGCCAGAACCAACAGGAGGGGGCUGCAGUGACAAACAGACACUUAACAGGGGCCAGAGUCAAUCCCAUUCAGAGGUCGACUAAAGUAGCUAACACAGUAUCAGACUCAACAUUCCUGCUCUCACCAAGUGUUAUUCGCGCUCUGGAAGGAGUGCACUACAUUGCAGACCAUCUGAGGGCCGAGGAUGCCGACUUCAGCGUGAAAGAGGAUUGGAAGUAUGUCGCCAUGGUGAUUGACCGUAUCUUCCUGUGGAUGUUCAUUAUUGUGUGCCUGCUUGGGACCAUUGGCCUCUUCCUGCCCCCUUGGCUAGCUGGCAUGAUCUAGCUCGCGUGAGAAGGUGUGGAAAAACCCAUAAGCGGCACUAGUUAGUGAAGUUUAAAAUUCAAAACGUAGCUGAACUCUACUUCAAGUUUGCGUAAUGCGCUGCGUUAGCGGCCUUAUGAUGCUUUAACUCUCUUUACAAACCACCAAACCAUAAGUUUGCUCAUUGUAGGUGCUUAUAAGUAGUGGGGCAAAGACCGAAAGGGUCUAUCUUCUUGUACAGUGGUCAUUUUAGGACAUGUUGGACUCAGCUUGUCAACUGGCUCAACUUUCAUCAUCCCUCUAAGCUGCACUUUGUCAGCCUCAGGUGUAAUGUUAUUUAUGUUGAGUUUGACCUGAAUGCUAAUAUUGGCACGUUACCAAGCCCAAAGUUGGCAAUUGUUAACGUGCUGUUAGCAUGACUUAAGAUUUGGCAUGUUAGCAUACUAAUGUUAGUAUGUUAACAUGCCAAUGUUUAGUAUAUUGUCUCUUUUAGCAUGUUAGUUAGGUGUAACAUGCUAGUUAAAUGGGAUGGUGCCAGCAUCAGUGUUGGGUAAAGUGUUACAGUAAUGUGAUUACUUUUCUGUUUAAAUGUGCUUUUCAAAGACUUUCUAGGCCCAAUUCCCUCAAAUUCAAGUACCCAACACAGAAUAAUUUGAGACAUGGAUGAAGGUUAAUUAAAACAUUUUAUAUAAGAACUAGCAGGCUUUACUGACGCUCGCAGACAAUAAAAAAAAAAGAGGCUUUAAAAAAAUUAUCAAAACAACUUUACAUUUCUACUCUUGCACAAAAUGUAUACAUAUAUACAUUUGAAAUGACCAAUAGAUGAUGACUAUGAUUACAUUUCCAAGUAACUCACCCAACUCUGGUCAGCAGCAUUGCUCUCAGAAGAUGAAUUGAUUCCGUACUUAGAGGUGGACAUUUAGAUCUGUUGGCGGUUGGAUUCAUCUUCGGGGUAAAUAUUAAUUAACCAAAUGUCAUGACAAUCCAUCCAAGAUGCGAAUGUCAGUCAAAUGUUGGAUACAAAUAAAUGUAGAAACAAAUUGCAAUGAUGUUGGGUUUGUGUCUAAUUGGAAAUGAUCUUGGACAGAAACUUAAGUCCACCUGAAAUGGGCUUUUACCUCAACUUCCUUUGGUUUUCAGUGGCAUGCUGCACUGGGACUCCUUUGUGCUGGUUUGGAAAGAAUUUCCUUUUUUCCUUUCUUUUACAGGUUCUUCUUUGGCCAUGCUGCCAUGAGUCCAUUUAUUUUUGAAUGAUCACACUAUGUAAUAAAUAUCCUCAUGAAACAUUUU